CGGCAUGGCAGCUCCGACCUCACUCGCUGCAAAUGAUUACAGUCUGAGAAAUGUGCUAACCUUGAUAGCGGUGAGGUAUCGAUCACUACUCACUCACUUUCUCAUUGAACCACGAUGCCCUCGUAGGGUCAAGAAAGCAGCCACGCCUGUCAGUGACGCUGGCUGCUUCGUCCGGGCUCCGGCUCUGGACUGAAGCUUUGCCGCCCCGGCAGUCGGACCAUCCGAGCUGCUCGUCCUUGGCUUCCCCGCUUUCUCGCCCUCCUCCCUCUUCAACUGCCUUGCCUUGUCAACCCUCACUUCUCACCUCGACCCAUUCGCCAAAAUGCCAAAGGACGCAGCACCAGAGGUUAUGCCUGAGCUCAAUCUCGAGACCCUCUUUGGGGUCAAGGGUAAGAUUGGCGUCGUUACGGGAGCGGCUACUGGCAUUGGAAAGAUGAUGGCUGCAGCCUACAUCCGUAACGGAGCCAAGCGAAUCUACAUUGCCUCACGCAAGCUCGACGACCUUCAACGAGUGGCCGAGCAGCUCAGCAAGCUCAGCCCCAACUCUGGCUCCGAACCCGCCUGUGUAGCCAUCCAGGCAGACAUCUCCUCAAAGGCAGGCUGUGAUGCUCUUGCCAACGAGGUCAAGAAGCGCGAGACUGAGCUUGACAUUCUCGUCAACAAUGCCGGCCUUUCAUGGGGAGCGCCAAUGGACGACUUCCCCGAGGACAAGGGGUGGGACAAGACGUUCCAUAUGAAUGUCAAGUCUCAAUUCUACUUGACUGUCGCUCUUCUCCCUCUCCUGGAGAAGAACAAGAACAACACUCGCCACGCUUCGGUAGUCAACAUUGCCUCGACUGCGGCCUUUGUCCCCACAGCCGAAUCCGGCCUUUCCGCUCCCGGUACGGGUACAUGGUCCUACCAGCCCUCCAAGGCAGCCUCCGUUCACCUGACCCGCACCAUGGCCUCCAGCCUGGCGGAGCGCUUCGUCCUCGUCAACUGCAUCUGCCCCGGUGUCUUCCCGAGUCGCAUGACCUCGUACGCCCUCAGUGAGAAUCGCGAUGCGCUCGAGGGUAUCCAGCCUACGGGGCGCAUUGGCACGGCGGAGGACAUUGGUGGUCUGGCAGUCUUCUUGGCUUCGAGGGCUGCGUCGCACAUUGUCGGGACGGCUACUGUCGUCGAUGGCGGAAACUCGAUUCAGUUCAUGCCUAGGCUCUAAAGAGGGGCAGAGAUGGGUGAUAUAGCCUUUGUGGAUGUGGUGGACCUUGCAUAGCUUCUUUCGUUGAUACGAAGUGGUAUUCUAUAUGCUCAAAGAUACACGUGUGCUUCUG